AUGGCGAAUAGUUGUAAGUCAAGUGAUUCAGAUUCUGAUGAUGCAAAGGAAGAUGCCUAUGCGGCUGUUGCGUAUUCAAGGAUGAUGGAGUAUAAUUUCAUAUCCCCCGAACAUAUCAUAAUGUUCACAGUUGAUGAUGGUAGCAUAAAUCGUGUGUUGAAGAGUGGCACCUUAUCUUACAUAGCCAUCUUGCUUGUGCUUGGAUUUACACAUAUGCAGUCAAUAUGCCUCGACUUUGUAGGGGAAGAAAAUACUGGUGUCAUUAAAGGCGUCGCUUUACAUGUCAGUUCAGAACAAAAUGGUCAGAUGGCAACCCCACCACGAGUAGUUCCCCCCAUUGGUUGUGGUGGUGCCGCCAGCCCGUAUUCUGGCCGGUCACUGCAUCAUGAAGAAUCCAAAUGUUCUAACUCAUGUCUGCAACCCGCCUCCGCCUGUCAUGUCCGUGCUAUGGUAACUAUUGUGCCUCUGGUGCCGACUACACCGAAUGAUUUGGUGGAAGACAUCAUCUCCAAGGUUUUCUACUGCUCAAUUGUAAAUUGA